AUAACACAGGCGCCUCGUAAGUAACACCAGCCCCCUUUUACCCACUGUCUAAGGAUCUCUGCCUUAACUUUUCUUUAUUUUUUAUUUUUUUUUUUCGUUCCUAUGCGCUUAUUUCUUGCGUUUGUGUUAUUUAUGCAGGUGAAAGCGCGCGCGGUGCAGCGGAGACUCGACCGCCCGAUUUUUCGGAUUUUGCCAAGUUACAAUUCCUCCAAUUUUUCAUACAGUCCUAUAAUAUACACAGUCUGCCUAUACAAAAUGGCGAUAACACGUUAACUAUAUUAAUAUAAUUAUUCGGCCAUUAAUUAAUUCAAGCAGUUGAUCUAUCACCCUAUUUAUCAACUAAGCCUUCGCGACCAGUGCAACUAUUUUAUCAAUGAAAUUUAGAAAUUUCAGUGUCCCAAAAUAUGCAAGGAGUGCACUGAUAAAAAUCAAUGGAAAUUUACGUACAUACCUUUACUUGAAUUAAAUGUAAUAUUUAAUUAUAAUUUUCUUUAACCUAACUUGGAUGCUGAAUGUGAUAUUAUUCAGGGAUGUAAUUUUACUGCAAUUUAUUGUGGCAUCGAGAUAACCAAUUAUCGCGGGUGUAAAUUUAUGUGGGCAUUUUUAUCAGUGUACUGUAUAUGUGAAUUCUAUUUACGAAUGAUAUUAUAAGGAACAUCAGAUCUGUAUAGAAAAAUCGGACAACUGAAUUUUUAACAAAAUCCGAACGUGUGAUGAAGUGUGCAGUAAAUGGGCGCACUUGUGCGACUUUUUUGCAGGUAAAGGCGCUGUUAAAGGUGUGAAAUCUCUUGGUGAAUAAUGCCGGGAGGAAUUAGAAGGUGCAAGGCGACGACAAGUCGAUGUAUAAACGGCUCAGCCGGAAACAAUAGAAAAUUGUCGCGAAUCGAUUAUAAUUUACUCUCUCUGAAUAUUUCCCAAACUGAGAAGUCUUGGAUAUAAAUCUAGGCGGUAAGUUUUUAGUAUUUAGUUUAAUUGUAAUGGAAAUAAAGGCUCAAGAUUUUACCAAUUUGACGAUAAAAAUGCCGGAGUGAGCAGUCCAUACCUUCGCAAGUCGGAGUUAGGGCGAACUGUGCUUGUGACAAUGCACCCCCGUGGAAAAUUCUCACUCGGAGUUGCAAAAUCAUAACCCCCAUGAAAGAACCUUUCCAGAUAUUCACCCUCGACCGGGUUUCAUUGGCUCGAAGGUAUCGAAUCGUCUGGACAUUAUGCGACAAUAAAUGCAGUGGCCGGAGUGCCAGCUCGAGAAGAGCACUAAAAGUGGCUCUUCCUUCUCCUCCGUUUAUUCGAACGGCCAAACAGGCGAGGAAAAUCAUCCGGCGGAAAAUGCAAAAUCAUAUAAAAGAGGGCCGAGUAGGAAAUCAAAUGACAAUUGAUAAUAAACCUUCGCGGUAUCGCUCUUGCGCCCUCGUUGCAACAAACACAGUUCAUUGUUAGGGGGCUUGCCGAGAAAAAUCAACCAGCGACAACCAAACGAACGAGUAAACGGGUGAUGGUGAGGUAUUAAUUAAGGCGUCGCUAAGUCAUUAAUCAAAUAUUAAUAAACUGCGUUAAAAUCGUUCUGCCCUCGUGCCGUCAUGUGUGAUAGCGGAAGCUUAGUUCUUGAUUACGCAAGGAAACGUUAGUGCCAGUUGCAGGGGAAAAAUGCAUCCGAGUGGAGAAAUUCAGCUCAUCAAUAACCCGGACAUCACUCAAGGUGGAGGGAUGUUGGAUCGUAUCUGGAUCUGCGUCGCGUGGAAAGGAGGGCAGGACAUGGCUGGAGGAAAAGAAAAAAUAAAAAGAAAAGGCGGAAGAGAAAAUGCAGAAAUUGAACAACGGGGGUCGGAAAGAUGGCCAGAUGCCGGGAAAACGCCGGGAGAUCUCUCGGGGUCGGAAAAGGCAAAGAGUCUCCUUGUAGUAUUCUCUAGUCCCGGUGCAUUUAAUUUCGGGAUGACCUGCGGAUUUCCAAGCCACCUCGAGCAAGCCGAACGACACCAAACUACAGGUAACGGAAGAGCGUCUUCGAGCAUGCAACGUGCAUCCUUACCCCGUGCAUAAUGUAAGGUUCGGUUAAGUCAUCAGACAAGUAGCUAGUAAGAUCAAGGAGGCAAGGGUGCCAGGGUGUU